AAUCACGAUUCUCCAAAAAGAUUCGUUCAAAUAUAAUGAAUCGUUCGCGAACAACCCAUCACGAAUUGGUAUGUCACUUCCGGCAUUACCAGGCGGGCAAAUUCGAAACGAGUGAGGACUUCUAGCUAUAAUCCGUUCAAUCGAAAUGAAAUAUGUGAUUUUGCAUUCGUUUUUAAUACUCUAGUUAUCUUUCGUUACUGGCUAAAUAGUCAUUGUGUUCAUAUUAUAGCUUUGUGGCCUGGCGCUAACGUAAUUAGCUAUCCAGCUAGCUAAUAAUAUAUGUAGGCCACUCUUGCUAUUGUUGCCUGCUACCAAAUUGACGGUACAGUAAUGUAAUUGGUAAAGCUGGACAAUUGACAAGGAUGAGCAGCAAGACACCCCAAUCAGUUUUGGCAGGUUCCAGCCAGCCUCAAAGGAGAUCAGCACGUUUGACCUCUCCAAAUCAAAAUGUCCCCAAUUUGGUUCCUGCAGAUGCUGUUAAACGUCGCAUCACUGUGAGAAAAAUUGCACCUAGGAAAACACAAGUCAAUGGGCACUCAGAAGACGACAAAGAAAAUGAGCAGAGGCCGAACGAAGGCAGCUGUAAGAAACCCAAAAUUUCUACCCAGGGACCUGUCAAAGUUCCUCCCACCAAAGCCGCCAUGCUCUCCCCGAUCUUGGCCCCCCUGCCCUCCGUUCCGCGGGCUGCAGCCAACCCAGAUGACUCUGCGUGGUCACAGAAGGUGCGGCGUUCCUACAGCCGCCUGAGCCUGGAGGACCGUGCGCUUCAGAGUCCCCCGGCCCGGGCUUUGUCCUCCCCAUCCCCUCGACGUCGAGAGACCCUGUUUGGGUUUGAGAUGCUUCAGACACCACAGGUUAUACGCAGGGGGGAUCAGUCCAGGGUGGGCCCUGACCCCAUGGCGUCUCUCUGUGGAGUCAGCUCUUUCUCCCUCCUUGAAGGGGACGACAGCGCUACUGCUGCUCCCGACCCUCAAGCAGACAUCAACAUCCCUGGAGUCACCAUUGUAAAGGAGAAAAAGAGAAGGAAGAAGGUUCCUCAAAUAAAACUGGCUGAGCUGGAUGACCUUGCAGCAAAGAUGAAUGCAGAGUUUGCCGAAGCGGAAGUAUUUGAAUUGGUGGUGGAAUAACCUGAUUGGUUAUCCAGAGGCAUGAUAUGUGCUCUGUAUACAAGACUGGUGGAUUAUAUAUUUUUUUACUACAAUUCAAAGACUAAGAACAGUUUAAGUGGUUGGUAUUUACAAUAGCAAAUCCCUGGAUUAAUUUCAGUGUUUCCCUUAAUUUUCUUUUAUUGGCAGUUCGGUUUUAGGGAGAAGGAUGUGGGCAAUGUCGCUUUUUCUAACAGAACAUUUUACACCCCUUCUGCAAAGCCAACAUUUUGUCCAGGGGAGAGAAUAUGAAUUAACUUUCCAUUCAGUUCCCUACAAGCAUACAACAUUUGUUGUGGAGUGGAGAGAACAUUUGUAGUUUUAAAAUAUUUCUUGUAAUUCUAAAAUAUUUUGAUAUGAGACUGAAAAAUAGUUUUUACAUCAAUGCCCUCUAAAUGAUUGGAAGUUGGAAAACCUGUGUGUUUUGACCUAUAAGCCUACUUUCUGUGGUAUUGACUACAGCUUGUUUUGUUUUACUUGGUUUAUUCCUUAAGUAUUAGAAUUAAGGACAGAAGUCCAAACUAAUACUAUUUAUCUUGGCAGAUAGUUUUCCUAUUGUUUCAGAAUUUGUGCUUUUGAAUUUGAUUUGAUUGAAGCCUCAAUGUCAUGACUUCACCUAUCAUGUUUGUUCUCUAGAGGGUGCUCUUACCUUUUUAUUGUGGCUUCUGUAACUGUUUUCUUUUUCUUAGUGUCUUUGUUGCUCAUAGAUUAUAGUUACAGGUUAGUAUUAUUGUUUAACUAAUUCCACUGUACUGUAUGGUGGUAUAGGUUUGUUCCUGCAUUUUGUUUUUGUAAGAUAUGACAGUUUUCUUUUGGAAAUUGUUCCAUACAGUAAAUAGUUUUAGCUAUAUUUGCUGAUAUUUCAAAUAAAUAAAUGAAA